ACCUGUUCUUCGACCAGAUGCUAAGAAACUACGACAUUUUAUGACGUAUGAAAUUGAAUUUAACAUUAAUUACAUAUUUUGAGUCUCCAUCCACUCGCAUGCUCACUUCGCUUGCUCCGUUUAUGAUUAAAAUUUCUUUGUAUGGCGUAUGCUUCAGGUCUUUGAAUCUACAUCAGUCACCUCAUCUGCCAUGUCACGCUGCACUUCAAUCAUCAACUCUCCUUUGUGCUUUAUCUGCUGUUAAUAUUAGAUGUUUGUUACGAAAAAUCCACAGACAGAUAAACUUCGGUAUUUGCUUGGAGAAAAACGAAAGAAUGAUUGAAGAUCACAUUUGACGCUUUCACUUUUUUGCAGGCUUAAAACGGUUUAAAACAUUUUCGACAGAUACCCUUUCAAUAUUAAUCGUGUCUUACUCACUUAUAAACCUUUGUAUUAAUGAAGCGAAAAUAGUCCUUCUAAUAAAACCAAGUGAAAUAGUCUCUUUCUUGAAUUCAGAUUUGUAGCUUUUCAACGUAUUCUCAAGUUUCGCCUUGAGUUAGAAGUUAUCAGUUUUUGACAUUCGAUCAGCUCGGUUUGUUCAUCAAACCGCCACCUACAGUGUGCUGACAUUAGUGUACGCAUUCAGGUAUUAGCGAAAAACUUUUUCACGAACAGAAUUUUGACCAACUCAAAUCAUGAUUUAAAAAAGGCAUGAAUAGCU